CCCCCCUCCUCCUCCUCCUCCAGCCCCCUUCGAGACGGGGGCACAGGACCCCUCCAUCAUCAUCAGGUCUCGUCGCUAGGACCUACCAACAGCUUACCAGCUUACAUAUCCCCAUCCGUCGCGCCGGCGCAUCUGCCUACAUGACCUUGGGCAGGCCGACAAAACAGACACUUUCCUGAGCACCGUCAAUCAAGAAUCAAAAGCGAACCAUCCCCUAUCCUCCACACCAGACCACGCACUCCACACCGAGACUCGAGGCCAGACCACAAUCAGCUCGCCGGCUUACGAUGGAGAAACAGACGCCGCAAGAGUUCAUCCUCGAAGCCUUUGCCGACCCAGCGUCUGUACGCGAUGUGGUGCGAGGCAUUCUACACACCAUAUUCUUCCACCGAUUCUUCCCGUCGCUGACACCGCACUCGCGCGAAGUCCUCGACAUCACCUUGCCGUACGUCGAAGACGCCGAACUUGACACCAUGAUCGAGAAGCGCACCGCCGAGCUGGCGCGCGAGCUCGACGCCGAGCGCUCCCACCCCUCGUCGCAUCCGCACUCGCACAUCCAACAGGCCCGGGCACGCGCCAAUAACGCCAGCAGUGGUGGCAGCGGAGUCAGCGGCGGGCGCGGUAACAUCCAAGUCCAGUUCUUCGAGAAGAAACGACGCAAGGCUUGGUAUAUGCGGGCAGCCUACGGCGGCGGCGACGAGGAGGUCUGUUGGGAAAGUUGGACCGUGAAGGUCACCGUCGCCGAGCCACGCACAGACAGUGAACGAGCCAAAGUCCGCCAGGCCAUGGAACAGACCCUCCUGACGACGGCCAUGAAGAUCGUGACAAGCGUCAACUCGCACAAGGACCACAUCCCGCCCAUCACCACCAGCGACGCCAACCCCUUCCCCUACCAGAUCAACGUAAACAGCAAGGACGCCGGAUGGGCCACCCGCAUCGGCAUCUACUAGCCUCAGGUGCCGCGGCGGCUGGGAGCCUCCCUCGCCCUCGACCGCAUGGUAACACGGUGCGCCGCACUUGCAAAGAGGGGAGGGGAUUGGCGACGGGAGUGGACAAAGCGGGCACGCGAACCUGAGCCGCCCUGCGUGGCCGACGCCAGCGAGGGCAAGGCGGACGGCGGAGGGAGGGGAGACGGGCGCAUCGCCGCUCUCGGUAAUUAGCACGCGAAGGGACGAUAGCGGCGACGGGGAGAAGGAAAGAAAAGCAAUCAUAAUUCCGGUGGCGACGGUGGCGUUCGGACGCAUAUAUCUCGGGUCGGUCGGAAAGGCAUGGGUUUGGGAGAGGCCAGGAAAUUCGAUCUAUUUCCGCCCUGCUAUGAUAGAGCUAGUUUCUUCACGGAGUCCCCCCCCCCUUUUUUUUCCUCUGGUUCUUUACCCUUUUCCUUCCUCUGUCGCUCUCUUCCGCUCCGGCUCCCUACUUUCUUUGGCCUCGCCCCGUCCCGCGGUGGUAGGCAGGGGAGCCGUCGGCCUGGUCUGGUCUGGUCUGGGUUUCGGGGUUUCUACUGUUUGGUGUUUUAAUUCCUCCCGCGCCCCCGACUGGAAACCCUCGCAUGCUUAGAUGCGUACACGUACGUUACGUAGCGUACGUGGAUAAUGGAAACUAAAAAUGAUACCCCCUGCUAUCUUGUUCUGUCCUGCUCUGCUCUGCUCUACCACCAAGGGUCGUCGGCGGCGGUGAUAAC